GCUUCUUUGAAAACAAAAUGAAGAAAAUACUUACAGCCGCACAGCUCUUGCUGUUGCUACAAAGUGUGGCUGCAGUAAAAAUUGGUAUUUCGAGAAUAAAUUUGGACAUACCAAGCACCACUACAACAACAACAACAACCACGCAAAUGCCGCCAAGUACCACAGAGCCCACAACGGUAGUUGAUCUCAUGGAAAGCACUGCAACAACCGAUUUUACUGAAAUAGAAACUGAGAUUACUAGCCCUACAACAACUACAACUUUAAAAACUAAAACAACAACCUUAAAGACAACAACAACAACGACCACAAUAAAGCCUAACUUCACAAUUUCCAUAUUUCCACCACGACUAAGGACUACCAAAUCACCUAAAACUACAACAACAUCGACAACAACACCGCCUACAGUAGCGAGCACAACAGCCACUAAUACAGCAGAGAAUACAUCCAAUGCUUCGAAUGCUGACGGCAGCUCAGUUAAUGCGCAUUCAAGCCAGGGCUUCUAUUAUUGCAACUGUGAUCUUUUGCUGGAUGGAUGCGACAUAAAUUGUUGUUGUGAUAGGGAUUGUAUGCAGGCAGCUUUAAAUGUCUUUAAUUGUGAUGCUCCACCAAUGGAGAAAAAGUUGAAAAAUCGUUUAGAGGACUUUCAAUAUCAACAUGGAUUACCAUCGUGUAAAGUAAGCGAUGGUUGGCUUUGCGUGUUUCGGACGAAUACGCGAAAGGAGCGAGAGAAAUUACCCGAAAUCGAUUUGAAUACAAAUCAUUACUACAAAUGGCCUACACCUAUUUGGAAUAUUAUUAGCGAACAAAGCGCUGAAGGCAAUAUGAACUAUUACAAAUAUGGAGACCCCUUACAAUUUUUAAAUAUGAAAACUAUGACACUGAAACAAUUUGAUCUUCCAAAUACUUUUCAACCGCCACACUGUCAAAUAAUGGAAUCUGUCAAAUUUUUAAAAACAUACAAAAUCGACUGUUUAUUAGCCACAUUAGAAAAAUUGCAAAUGAGCGCCAGAAACAUACUAAAUUUUAUACAAAAUAACAAAUUACUCUUAAAACCCAUAAGCGAGGCCAACGCACCGGAUUAUAUUAUGAAUAUGCUGAGCGAUCUCAAAUUGAAGAUUUGCGAAAGCGAAUUAUGUCAAAUAGUGCCACUAAAUAACAGUACAAUUGUUGAGCAACGUCUCAAGAUCUUCUACCCCGUAAAGAUAAAAUUUCAACUUUUACAUAACUAUACACAACUCUUGGGUGGCGUGGUAGAGUUCAGUGCUAUAAAUGCAACGCUAAACAGCAGAGAAUUAUGGCAAACAUACGAGUUGGAAUAUAUUUACAAAAACAUAACGGUUGCGAAUGCUAGCAAGGAAUUGAAUGAUACUGCUUUUAGCCUACAAAAUGCUGUCAAACUCACUUCCGGCGCUUUGGGCUAUACACAAGGCAAACCCAUAAUUAUAGCACGCUUUAUAGCAAACAAUCAAAGCGCAGCUUUAACACAAACUAAUCAAGUUUUAGACUAUUUCCAUGUGAAUGCCACUAAGUCGCCAACAAAUAACACGCUUUCCUUAUUCACCACACACCAGCGUUAUUGCCACCACGAUGCUUCAUCGGAAAAUCUUAUUAAUUAUGGCAUAAGUGUGUUGAAGCAAUGCAAGCUGCACUUUAACAAUGAAAGCCUCACGAAAUUGCCACAAAAAGAACGCAAUUUCACCGAAAUUUGUAUACAACUACAAAACCAAAUCACAACACAGUUAUUCGCUGCUGAUCUUUUCGUAUUGGGUGAAAACUUUCCUGAUUUAUACAUCUCUCAAUUGGGACGGCCAGAAAAUCGUAGCGACAAAUGGACGCCUUUACGGGUAGAGAAUCAAAAUUUCGCGCCCACAAGCGGUGAAUAUAAUGCGCAGACACAAAGUUUCACUUGUCGCAAUAUGUUAUUAAAUAUUGCUUACGAGUUCAUAGUGGGUGAAUUUACCGAAGCGGGUGUAGCGCAGCAGGCGUUGGUUAAGCGUGCAACAUUGCUGUUUGGCGAACGUAAUGAUUUGGAAUUCGAAAUGGAUGAAGUAAUCGAGGUGCCGUUGACGGUAUCCGUCAUGUUCUUCGAUUAUUCUAAAGACGUGCAUAACUCCGGUAUUACGAGUUUUAAUGCCGCUAUUGUAUGGUUUAUUAUAUUAAUUAAUUUUUGUAACUUCAUACGUAAACACUAAAAUAUUUAUGAAUUAACUGCUAUAUAGAAUAGUA